AUGUCCCCGAAGUAUCUCUUGAGAGUCGCUGCUUGUGUCCUCUGCGUGUCUCAAAUUGUCUGCAGUCGCUGCACCUGGGAUGUUUACCGGAACAAGCAUGCCGGGAGUUUACAGGCUUUGGAAGUCAUGGGUGGACAUGUGCCCAGAGAAUGUACUGGAAUGAAACACAUGUAUGUCGACUUUCGGAUGUCCAGAAGAAUUGAUGGUUACCAUUUGCAGAAAGGGAACGUUUUAAAAACAGCCAUGGAAAUAGUUCACCACACCGAAAAAAUAUUUACCAAAAAUUACAGACUGGCAAACUGGGAUGAGAAGAACGUGGAGCUCCUGAGAACUUACCUCCAUCGGCUGAGAUGUGAUCUGAAGGACUGCGUUAAGAUCAAGGGGGGCAACAAAACGAAGGGAUCGAAUAAACGAGUAAAGAAAUAUUUUAAGAAUCUGGAAAACUACUUAAAAGACAAGAAGUACAAUCGGUGUGCUUGGGAGAUGGUGCGGAAGGAAAUCAGGACCCUCCUGCAGCGUACCGAUAAGAACGAGCACAGAGUCGAGCAGGGAGUGUCAGGGAGUUCAGUGCUGGGACUUAUGCUGUGGAUCUGCUUACAAGGCUGUGACAAGGCCACCAGAACAAGAGCUAAAACCCAUCAAGAUGCAAAUGAUGAUGUCGUACAUGGGGUUAUUCAAAAGAGUCCACAGGAGGCCGUCUGA